AUAUCCUCCUGUCGCAAUGCCGCAGCAGUAAAGCUGUUGCAGUCGCCAUACGAACGUCACCUUUAAAAGAAUAGCUUAUACAUUGGGAGUUAAAUAAAAUAUUGUAAAAAGGAUUACAUUAAUCAAGAUCUCAUUUUUGGUGUGAAAUUGAGGUCAUUAAUGGAACCCUAAGGCAUGUCACCAAGGUGAAGAUGCAUGAAUGGAGGGAAUUCUAUGAACAAAUUAAAGGGAAAAGAAAACAAACUGAGUCCCCUACAUGUACGUAAAUCGUAGUUGAGUCACAAUUAAUAUACGAUAUAAAGGAUGCUCAUUAAACAAUAACACCAGUUAACAAAGUGGUUCAAAAUAGUAUGGUCCUAUUAGCAUAACCAUUAUUUGGUGGCAAUUAAUAAUAGGUGCCUUUUAAUUUGUUCCAUUUGUUUAACUUAGUGUCCAUUAAGGACAAUUCUGUUAACCCAAUAUUUUAUUAGUUUUGUGUACUUAUACAACUAUGACAAUGGAAGUUGCAGUGUUUUUUGUUUGCAUGGCAAUAAUUGCGCAAAUUAAUGCUGCACCAACACCGGAGUCAGGAUCCGUCCCUCACCAUAACAACGAAUUUGAUCUACCGCCUAUGGCUCGUGGAGGAUUUACUAUGACUUUAACAGUAUCAGUCUCUACAAGUGACAGCACAAGUAAUAAAUUGAAAGUUAAAAUGCUGCCCAAAGCGGAGGACGACAACGAGCAUAUACCAGAUUAUUGCAUAAGCAACAACAUCGAAGGGAAGCAUAUCUGUGUUAUGCCGAACCAGGAAUGGACCAGCAGAUCGGCGGAACCUCAAAAGAUGAUAGAUCACGUAAUAAGUAUCACAGCUGGACGCAGGGAAAAUGGCCUUAUUCUAACAGUGGAACUAAAUGGAAACCACCAUGACGUCGCCUUAAUCGACCUGGCAGAUUUUGAUAAACUAAAGCAUUUUUCGGUCGGAGGCAUUGAGGAGAUCAAAAAGUUGGAAUAUGAAUUUAAACACGAAUAUCAGUAGUAAUUUAAGCACGUAUGAAA